ACCAUGGAGAAUUCAACUGGAAUAAUGUUUGUUCUUCAAGGGCUGAAUGAGACAAUGUCAAGAAAGCACACAUACUUUGCCGUCACUCUUCUCGCUUACCUUUUUACUAUUUCAGUGAAUCUGACUUUGAUCGCGACAAUUAUUUUGGAGAAAACGUUCCAUGAGCCAAUGUUUAUUUUUCUGUGCAGCUUGUGUGUAAAUGGGCUAUUUGGUGCCUCUUCAUUUUAUCCUAAAAUAUUGGUGGACCUUUCAUCCAACUUGAGUGUUACUUCGUAUGAAGGUUGUCUGAGUCAAAUGUUUGUAAUAUACAACUACGUCUUCUGUGAAGUAACUACAUUGACAGUGAUGGCUUACGAUAGGUAUAUCGCGAUAUGCAAACCGCUCAAUUACCACUCAAUCAUCACGCCUCGGAAAGUGCUGAAUUUGUUGCUUUUUACUUGGCUGUUAUCCAUCUGUGAAUCGGCUCUUGAGAUGGCCCUGAUAGCCAGACUCCCUCUCUGUGGAUUCAACAUCGAAAAGAUUUAUUGCACAGCCUGGUCAGUGAUAAAACUGUCGUGUGUGGAUACCACACUGAACAAUGUAUUCGGGUACAUUAUUGUGAUUUUUCACUAUUUACAAGCAGUGCUGGUCAUGAUUUCCUAUGUCAAUAUCAUCAAGGCAUCAGUGCGAUCACAGGAACAACGGAAUAAGUUCAUGCAGACCUGUUUGCCCCAUUUAAUCGCAUUGACCAACUUCGUCGUCGCAUGCGUUUUUGACGCCAUGUACGCUCGCUAUGGUUCUAGCACUACUCUGCAGGCUCUCCGCAAUUUCAUGUCCGUGGAGUACCUCGUUGUUCCCCCGCUCCUAAACCCUCUAAUCUAUGGCCUGAAUCUGAAGCAGAUCCGCCGGAGAAUCUUUCGAGUUUUCAGCCAGGAAAGACACGCUCUCAAAUGA